AUGGGCCAAGACUCCAUCUACCUCCAGGUCGUCUCUGGCGAUCCUACCGAGCCGCAACACAAGAACGCGGCGCGAGUCCUUCGGCUGCUCAACAGGGGAAAGCAUUGGGUACUGGUCACUUUGCUGCUCGCCAACGUCAUUGUUAACGAAUCGCUCCCCGUGGUACUGGACCGCUUUUUGGGCGGCGGUGUUGCCGCCAUCAUAGGCAGCACAAUCCUUAUCGUCAUUUUUGGCGAAAUCGUGCCUCAGUCUGUGUGUGUGCGAUUUGGCCUGCCGAUUGGCGGAACCAUGUCCACGCCCGUCUUGAUCCUCAUGUACCUCUUAAGUCCGGUAGCCUGGCCCACUGCCAAGCUUCUCGAUUGGAUUCUGGGAGAGGAUCACGGUACCGUAUACAAAAAAAGUGGCCUCAAAACGCUUGUGACUCUACACAAGUCUCUUGGCGAAGUGUCGGAGCGACUGAACCAAGAUGAGGUCACCAUCAUCACCGCCGUUCUGGAUCUCAAGGACAAGCCCGUAUCGGAAGUCAUGACUCCCAUGGACGACGUGUUUACGCUUGCAGAGGACCAUAUUUUGGAUGAGGAAACCAUGGAUACGAUUCUUUCUUCUGGAUACUCGCGAAUUCCAAUCUACCGCUCAGGCAAACCAACCGACUUCGUGGGAAUGCUUCUUGUCAAGACCCUCAUUACGUACGAUCCCGAAGACCGCAUUCCGGUUAGGGAAGUGCAACUGGGGGCCGUUGUAGAAACACGGCCUGAGACGAGCUGCCUGGAUAUCAUCAACUUCUUCCAAGAGGGAAAGUCUCACAUGGUGUUGGUCUCUGAGUUUCCUGGGUCCAACCACGGUGCUCUUGGCGUGGUUACCUUGGAGGAUGUCAUUGAAGAGCUUAUCGGAGAGGAAAUUGUCGACGAAUCAGACGUCUAUGUUGACGUGCACAAGGCUAUCCGGCGUCUAGCCCCUGCUCCUCGAGUGCACCGUAGGCACAGUGACAAUCCAGGCGCAGGAGUGGCGGUAAGGAAGACGCCGGACAUCGUGGCUAAUAUCCACAAACAUUCGGAAGGUCAGACCCUUGACGUUGGCUCUUAUAAGAGUGACUCAGGUCACCUUGAGCGCCCUCCCAAGACAGCUGUGUUCAUGAAGCGCCAACAUUCAGCAGGUCCCGACGGCCGCAUGGGAAAGAGUACGGUGCCUGUCAAAGCCUCGCUUGAUGAGAUGCGACAGCAACUCCGGCUCGGCCCCGCGAACCGCGCGGCGAACCCUCGGAGCAGCACGAGGGGAAGCGUAUUCAAGAUUAAACAGGGCUUGGGGACGACGGUAGUGACGACGACUACAACCGAGCCUGCAAAGCCGGUCAAUGGCGAAGCAGAGGGUGCAGACGAGCACACCGAAACAACGCCGCUAUUAGGCAAAGACCAGAAUGGAACGAGAUAG